AUGGCGACCCUCGCAGAUGAACUGAUGAAUGAUUUUGAGGACUCCGGCAGCGAAGGUGGCCUCGAUGAUGCGCAUCUCAAGGAUCAAGAUGACCGCGAUGAAGAUGCUAGAGAUACAUCUAUGUUGCCAGACAGCGUAGAUGAGGCUGAUGACAACGAUGAAGGACAGGAGAAGAUUGAGAAAACCCAGUUCAAGGGAGUUUCUGAUGUUCGGAGUGUAGCACGGCUCAUGGAGACACUGCGGCCUAUUCUCGAGAAAAUUGCCCAUUAUAAGCAGCUACCCGAACGGGAAGAGGCAAGAACUGGCUCAGUGGAAGAUGAUGAGGAAUACCAUCUCCUGACACAGUCCAACUCACUUUCAACAUCGAUCGAUAACGAGAUCACCCUCGUACACAAGUUCAUCAGAGACCACUAUUCGUCACGUUUCCCAGAGUUGGAAACAUUGAUUUCGAAUCCGAUAGACUACGCAAAGACUGUCGCCAUCCUGAAGAAUGGGCCGUUCGAUGAUAUCAAGGCUAUGGCAUCAUCGACAGAUAACCUGGUCGGACAGACGCUGCGAGCUAUUCUUGAUGGCCCUUCGUUGAUGACUGUUGCUGUAGAAGGAACUACUACACGGGGUAGCCCGUUACCUGCCGAGGAGCUGGAGUGUAUCUUGCGAGCUUGCGAGAUGAUGUUUUCUCUAGAGAAAGCGAAGACGGUACUUACGGAAUACGUACAGUCAAGGAUGACGAUGUUUGCUCCGAACCUGACAGCGCUGGUAGGGUCGUUGACUGCGGCACAACUUCUUAAUUAUGCGGGUGGACUGACGGGACUGGCCAAGAUGCCUUCCUGCAAUAUAUCACCACUUGGCUCCAAAAAGCAAGCCCAAUCUGGGUUUGCAACCAAUGUUGGAAUACGGCAUCAAGGUUUCCUCUAUCACUCACCUAUCAUCCAGGACAUACCGAAUGACUACAAGAUCCAGGCGAUGCGUAUAGUUUCAGCUAAAGUGGUGCUUGCAGCUCGUGUGGACAGGGUCCACAGUAGUCGAGAUGGAUCGACUGGAGAGCAGCUAAAGCAAGCCUGUCUGGAACGGCUGGACAAACUUACUGAACCGCCACCUAACAAAGGCACUCGUGCUUUGCCUGCGCCAGAUGACAAACCUUCAAGGAAAAGAGGCGGUCGAAGAGCGAGAAAGGCCAAAGAAGCCACUGCAAUGACUGAUCUACGCAAAGCCCAGAACCGACUAGCAUUUGGUAAGGAAGAGAAAGAAGUAGGUUACGGAACAGGAGAAAGCACCAAGGGCCUCGGUAUGCUCGGACAGGAGAACCAAGGGCGAAUUCGUGCCACACAGAUCGAUCCACGAACAAAGGCCAAACUCAGCAAGUCGAACAAGGGCUGGGGAACAGCCACACCCGCACCGGGCCACGCAUCCUCUCUCCACCGACUCGGUAACGCCCCUGGGAACGCAUCGGUGUUGAACGCACAAGGUCUCCGUACCGCAGGCGUCGGCCCUAUUGCAGGCUCCGGAACAGCUAGUAGUAUCGCCUUCACGCCCUUCCAGGGCCUCGAAUUGGUUGACCCUAAGGCCCAGGCGGAGCUCAAGAGGAAACGGGCCGCAGAGGAAGACCGGUGGUUCAAGAGUGGGACGUUCACGCAG